GGGGUUUCAGGGUCUGCAGAGGGACAGACAACAAGGAAACACUGUUAGAAAUCAAGAGUAAGCUGAGCAAUAGAGGAAGAGACAGCAAGGAUGGAUCAGAUGUCAUUUUAUAAACAUCUUGGAAAUCAGAAUCUUUGGGAAGCUAUUGUGAUCUGAGGGCGACAUCUGCAUCAUGGUGCAAAAAAAGCUUUAAACAAGUUAAAAUCUAGGCAACAGACUCCCUGAAGUGUUGACUGCCCAACCUAAUCAUGAACGUGAUUCAAAAAUGUUAAUAAGUAAACCAAGACCAUGGGGAAUUCGUAUGCUGGGCAACUGAAAUCUGCUCGAUUUGAGGAAGCUCUCCAUAACUCCAUAGAAGCCUCUCUCAGAUGUAGUAGUGUGGUCCCACGGCCCAUUUUCUCCCAACUGUACUUGGACCCUGAUCAGCAUCCCUUCUCAUCUGCAGAUGUCAAACCCAAGGUGGAGGAUCUGGAUAAAGAUUUGGUACACCGGUACACUCAGAAUGGAAGUCUGGACUUUUCUAACAAUCUAACAGCUAAUGAAAUGGAGGAUGAUGAAGAUGACGAAGAAAUGUCUGAUUCAAACAGCCCACCAAUUCCCUAUUCACAAAAACCUGCCCCAGAAGGAUCUUGCACUACAGAUGGUUUUUGUCAAGCAGGCAAAGAUCUACGUUUGGUAUCAUUGUGUAUGGAACAAAUCGACAUUCCAGCGGGAUUCCUCCUGGUGGGGGCCAAGUCUCCCAAUCUUCCUGAACACAUCCUGGUUUGCGCUGUAGACAAGAGAUUUCUACCGGAUGAUCAUGGGAAAAAUGCACUUUUAGGGUUUUCUGGAAACUGUAUUGGCUGUGGAGAAAGAGGAUUUCGGUAUUUCACGGAAUUUUCCAACCACAUUAACUUGAAGCUCACCACCCAGCCAAAGAAGCAGAAGCACUUAAAGUACUACCUAGUCCGAAGCUCCCAGGGUGUACUGUCGAAGGGGCCUCUCAUCUGCUGGAAAGAAUGUAGAAGCCGACAAUCCUCUGCUUCUUGCCAUUCUAUUAAACCAAACUCUUCAGUGUCAUCAACUGUGACCCCAGAAAACGGGACAACUAAUGGAUACAAAUCAGGAUUCACUCAGACAGAUUCACCGAUUCUCAGUCCAGCUAAUUCUGCAAUCAAUUUAAGUGGAGCUCAGGACCUGACCCGGAAUAAGAAUGCUGUGAAACCACUGGCUUUAUCUUUGCAGGCUGUAGGGAAGACUUUUGCUGCAGAUGCUGCUAAUGGAAACAGUAGCCACGGAGGGAAGAGCAGCGCCUCCAGCUCCACGCCAGCUCGCCCCGGGAAUUAUUCUUUGUCACCAAGACCUAGUUAUGCGUCAGGAGACCAAGCUACCAUGUUCACUUCUGGGCCACCAAAGAAGCGACACCGGGGGUGGUAUCCUGGGUCACCUGUCCCCCAACCUGGUUUAGUUGCACCUGUUCCUACAGUUCGCCCUCUUUCAAGAAAUGAGCCCCUUUUAUCUGCCCCAGUUCCACAGACCCCAUUAACUGGAAUUUUACAACCUCGGCCCAUUCCUGCAGGGGAAACUGUAAUUGUUCCUGAAAACCUGCUGAGUAACUCAGGAGUUAGACCAGUCAUUCUGAUAGGUUAUGGCACUUUACCCUAUUUCUAUGGAAAUGUUGGUGACAUUGUUGUGAGUCCUCUGCUGGUGAAUUGCUACAAGAUUCCACAGUUGGAAAACAAAGAUUUGGAACAAUUAGGGUUGACUGGCAGCCAGCUUCUGAGUGUGGAAAACAUGAUUCUUCUCACGAUACAGUAUCUUGUACGGCUGGGUCCUGAUCAGAUACCUCUCAGGGAAGAAUUUGAGCAAAUUAUGCUGAAAGCCAUGCAGGAGUUUACUCUGAGAGAGCGAGCCCUGCAGAUAGGUGCUCCGUGUACCCCUGUGUUGCCAGGGCAGCUCCCCUGGCUCGCAAGAUUAAUCGCCAGCGUAUCUCAAGACUUGGUGCAUGUGAUUGUGACCCAAAACUCUUUGGCAGAAGGGAUUUCAGAGACAUUAAGGACUCUCAGUGAAAUGAGACACUAUCAAAGGCUACCAGACUAUGUUGUGGCAAUUUGUGCGUCGAAAAUCAGAGGAAAUGAAUUUUGUGUGGUAGUGUUAGGCCAGCAUCAGUCCCGAGCUCUGGCAGAAAGCAUGCUCACCACAAGUGAGUUUUUAAAAGAAAUUAGUUAUGAGCUCAUUACAGGAAAGGUCAGUUUCCUGGCAUCACAUUUCAAAACCACGUCAUUAGGUGAUGACCUAGACAUGCUGCUAGAAAAAAUGCAACAAAGAAGAGGAGACAGCGUGGUUACCCCCUUCAAUGGAGACCUUAAUGAGUGUGUGUCCCCCGAGGAGGCUGCUGCUAUGGUGCCCAUACAAAACCUGGAUUUAGAAAAUGAAACCUUCCAAAUUUAUCAACCUCAGCUAACAGUGGCCAGAAAACUCUUAUCCCAGGUGUGUGCUAUAGCAGACAGUGGCAGUCAAAGCCUGGACCUCGGUCACUUCAGCAAAGUAGACUUCAUCAUCAUUGUCCCAAGAUCUGAGGUUCUGGUCCAGCAAAUACUUCAACGGAUUCGACAAUCAGGUGUCCUUGUAGACUUGGGUCUGGAGGAAAAUGCUCAUCAGAGAGCAGAAAAAUACGUUGUUCGCCUGGACAAUGAGAUUCAAACCAAGUUUGAAGUUUUUAUGAGGAGGGUGAAACAAAACCCAUAUACACUGUAUGUGCUAGUUCACGACAACUCCCAUGUGGAACUAACGAGUGUCAUUUCUGGUUCUUUGUCCCAUGGUGAACCCAGUCAUGGAUUGGCUGAUAGAGUUAUCAAUUGCAGAGAAGUUCUGGAAGCUUUCAACCUCCUAGUGCUCCAGGUCAGCUCGUUCCCGUACACACUACAGACACAACAGUCCCGAAUCAGCUCCAACAAUGAGGUUCACUGGAUACAGCUGGACACUCUGGAGGACGUGGGCUGUGAGGAGAAGCUGUACUUCGGCUUGAAUGAGUACAGCAAGUCUCUGCAGUGGGGGGUCACGAGCCCACUUCUGAGAUGUGAUGAGACGUUUGAAAAAAUGGUGAACACGCUCUUGGAGAGGUACCCCAGACUGCACAGCAUGGUUGUCCGCUGCUACCUUCUCAUCCAGCAGUACUCUGAGGCUCUGAUGGCUCUCACCACCAUGGCGUCACUCCGAGACCACAGCACACCAGAAACACUCAGCAUUAUGGAUGACCUCAUCAGCUCCCCAGGAAAAAAUAAAAGUGGGAGGGGACACAUGCUUAUUAUCAGGGUGCCCUCAGUGCAGCUGGCGAUGUUAGCCAAGGAGCGGCUGCAGGAGGUGCGCGACAAGCUGGGGCUGCAGUAUCGGUUUGAGAUCAUCCUUGGGAACCCGGCCUCUGAACUCAGUGUUGCGACGCACUUUGUGGCACGAUUAAAGACUUGGAGAGGGAACGAACCAGAAGAGUGGAUCCCUCGGACGUAUCAAGAUUUAGAAGGUCUGCCUUGUAUAGUGAUAUUAACUGGCAAAGAUCCUCUUGGAGAAACCUUUCCCAGGUCUUUGAAGUACUGUGACCUCCGGUUAAUUGAUUCAAGCUAUUUAACUCGCACGGCCUUGGAGCAGGAGGUGGGUCUGGCAUGCUGUUAUGUCUCAAAAGAGGUAAUCCGGGGACCCACUGUUGCCCUGGACCUCAGUGGAAAGGAGCAGGAGAGAGCUGCAGUCAGUGAGAACGACUCUGAUGAACUGCUGAUCUACCUGGAGCGGCCUCAGAGCAACAGCAGCGCCGUCACUGGAACUUCAGGUUCCAUCAUGGAGAAUGGGGUGAGCUCUUCCAGCACAGCUGACAGGUCCCAGAAGCAGUCUUUGACCCCCAGCUUCCAGAGCCCAGCCACCAGUGUGGGCCUGGAUGAAGGGCUCUCUGCUGGCACAACUGGAGCUGGGGAGACUCUAAAGCAGGAGUGCGAUUCCCUGGGCCCCCAGAUGGCGAGCAGCACCACCUCCAAGCCUUCAUCGUCCUCCUCAGGACCCAAGACACUUCCGUGGCCAGGACAGCCUGUCAGAGGCUGUCGGGGCCUGCACGCAGCCCUGCCACCAAUAGUGAUCUUAUCCAAAGCGGCCUACAGCCUCCUGGGCUCCCAGAAGAGUGGCAAGCUGCCAUCCUCCUCAUCCUUGCUGCCCCACGCCGACGUGGCCUGGGUGAGCUCCCUGCGGCCAUUCCUGCACAAAGACAUGAGCAGCGAGGAGCAGUCCCUCUACUACAGGCAGUGGACCUCUGCUCGACAGCACCACGCUGACCACAGCAACCAGCCAGACCCGGCCUCAGGCGCCCGCACCUUCCACCCCCGGAGGCUGCUGCUGACGGGGCCUCCUCAGGUGGGAAAGACUGGCUCCUACUUGCAGUUCCUGAGGAUCCUCUUCCGCAUGCUCAUCAGGCUCCUGGAGGUAGACGUGUAUGAUGAUGAGGAGAUCAACACCGAUCACGGGGAAAGCAGUGAAGUCAGCCAGUCAGAGGGAGAGCCCUGGCCUGACAUCGAGAGCUUCAGUAAAAUGCCUUUCGAUGUCAGUGUGCAUGAUCCUAAAUACAGUUUGAUGAGCUUGGUAUAUACUGAGAAGCUGGCAGGGAUCAAACAAGAAGUAAUAAAAGAAUCCAAAGUUGAGGAGCCCAAGAAACGAGAAACCGUAUCCAUGAUGCUGACCAAAUACGCAGCCUACAACACCUUUCACCACUGUGAGCAGUGCCACCAGUACAUGGAUUUCACCUCCGCCUCCCAGAUGUCCGACUCCACCCUUCAUGCCUUCACAUUCUCUUCCUCUAUGCUGGGAGAAGAGGUUCAGCUCUACUUCAUCAUUCCCAAAUCCAAAGAGAGUCAUUUUGUCUUCAGCAAGCAGGGUAAACACCUGGAGAGUAUGCGGCUGCCUCUGGUUUCAGACAAGCAGAAUUUGAAUGCAGUCAAGAGCCCUAUUUUUACUCCUUCCAGUGGUCGCCAUGAACACGGACUCCUAAACCUUUUCCAUGCCAUGGAAGGCAUCAGCCACCUUCACCUUCUAGUGGUCAAAGAGUAUGAGAUGCCGCUGUACCGCAAGUACUGGCCCAACCACAUCAUGCUGGUGCUUCCCGGCAUGUUCAAUAAUGCAGGCGUGGGUGCCGCCAGGUUCCUCAUUAAAGAGCUGUCAUAUCACAACCUAGAACUGGAGAGGAACCGCCUAGAGGAGCUGGGAGUUAAACGCCAAUGUGUCUGGCCUUUCAUUGUUGUGAUGGAUGACUCAUGUGUCCUGUGGAACAUUCACAGUGUUCAGGAACAGACCAGCCAGCCCAUGGAAGCAGGAAUUUCUAGUAAGAAUGUGUCCUUGAAGAGUGUCUUGCAGCAUAUAGAAGCCACACCAAAAAUCAUCCACUAUGCCAUCUUGGGCAUACAGAAGUGGAGCAGCAAGCUGACGUCUCAGAGCCUGCGGGCCCCCUUUUCUAGGUGCCACGUGCAUGACUUCAUUCUCCUCAACAUAGACUUGACUCAGAAUGUGCAGUACGACUUCAACAGGUAUUUCUGUGAAGAUGUUGACUUUAACCUGAGAACAAACAGUAGUGGCCUGCUCAUCUGCCGUUUUAAUAACUUCAGUCUCAUGAAGAAACAUGUUCAGGUUGGCGGGCAAAGGGACUUUAUCAUUAAACCAAAGAUCGUGGUGUCAGAGAGCUUAACACCCAUCUUGCCCCUUCAGUACAUCUGUGCUCCUGACAGUGAACACACGCUACUGGCAGCCCCAGCACAGUUUCUCCUGGAGAAAUUCCUUCAGCACGCUUCAUAUAAACUCUUUCCCAAAGCCAUUCAUAACUUUAAGAGUCCCGUGCUGGCCAUUGACUGCUAUCUUAACAUUGGACCAGAGGUGGCCAUAUGCUACAUCAGCUCCAGACCCCACUCCAGCAACGUCAAUUGUGAAGGGGUGUUUUUCAGUGGACUCCUCCUGUACCUCUGUGACUCUUUUGUAGGUGCUGAUCUUCUUAAGAAAUUUAAGUUUCUCAAAGGUGCUACCCUGUGUGUCAUCUGCCAAGACAGAAGCUCCUUACGCCAAACAAUUGUCCGCUUAGAACUAGAAGAUGAGUGGCAGUUUCGCCUCCGGGACGAGUUUCAAACUGCUAACAGCAGUGAUGACAAGCCUCUCUACUUUCUUACUGGACGCCAUGUCUGAGCUUUUGAGGAGACCAAAAAUAGUAAGGGAAUGCCUAGGCGGGUGGGACAGAAAAAAUUAUUUGGGAUUUAUUUUUUCCUUUAAAGUACAAUCACUGUGGAGCAAAGUGCAACAUAUUUGUUCUCCAAAGAACUCCCCAAAUCUGACCCAUGUCUUUGCAGAUAUCACUUUCCUUCAGUUCCAACAAUAGGACCUUAAUUUCAGGUAAACUCCACCCUAGGCAGUUAUGCAAUUACUAAAGAUAUGGUCUGCCCAUGGGAUCUUACAGAAGAUACUCUGGAGAAUGAACAUGGAGUUUGCAUUGUUUUUUCUACACUAUAUUAGGAGGAAACUGACUCUGAGCAUUAGCUAGCCUGAAUGUGUUACAUUGAGAACCACACCACUGGUGUGGAAUUAAUUGAAGAUUAACAUUUGAGGCCUGAACCCUCAGUUUCUCUUCAGAUCUGUACUUUGGUACAGUAUUACUCAGGGGUCUGAAAAUGAUAGAAUGUAGAAGAUAUUGGUAUUUAAAAAAGAAGUAGCUUUGUCUUUGUGCAGUGUUAGUUUAAGAUUUAUAAUCUUCUAUGUAUUGAAACUUUUGGCAAAAUUUCCACAAGAGUUAAAAGUUUACUAUUUAAACUGAACAAACAAAUCAGUAAAUGCAGAGCAGGCACUGUAUGCAUUUAUGCAGCUUCUCCUGGCUUAAUUCCUUUGCUUUUCCCAUUCUUUAAAAAUGUCUCCAGUCUUUAAGCACACCAUGUCUGUGAGAAUAUGUAACAGUGAUUAAUCUUAUGCAAGACCUAACACAGUAGUUUAUCCAAUUAAAGAGCUUUCAGCAGUUAACCUGCACCCACUCUGUUUGGUUGGAAUUAAGCCGAUGGUACCAGCAAACCUAAUGUCAGGCUGAGGUUCUGCCAUAGAGUGCAAACUGAUCGUUUCCUUUCAGGGACUUGAGCAAAGCUGCCUUUAAAAGACACACUGAGUAUAUCAGCCACCUUACGCUGACAACACAGAAAUGGCUGAAAUGGGAAACAACCAUAGAAAGAGAAGGAAGUGUUUUACUUAAUUUUGCCAGUGACUUCUUAUUUGAGGAGUAAGAAAGAUUCCAUAAAUUUCUACAGGUUUCUCACCAAAUAUUUUAAUCAAAAGCAUUUUCAGAAAAUGUUCUACAACAGCAGUUCUCAACCUGUGGGUCGUGACCCACAGGAACUGUAUUAAAGGGGUGCAGCAUUAGGAAGGUUGAGAACCACUGUUCUAGAACAAACUAAGUCUGUUGGAAAUUUACUCUUAAAUUACUCCACUUCUCAUCACUGAACAAUCUCUCAAGACGCUUUUGUCAUUAGCCCACGCAUGCCACUUUAACUCCACUUAAGAUGGCCAUUUUUACUUGAAUUGAUCUUGUUUGUGACCUGAAACUACUGAAGGGUCUACUAAGCCUGCAUUUACUUAGAACAAAAUAGUGUUAAUUGACCAGCUUUAUUACCUUGUGAUAACAAUGAGUUUACAGCUAGUGGAAAGACGGAAUGUAUUAAGACUGAAAAUGGUUUGCAGGAUCUCUUGAUUUUAAUGUAGCCAUUUAUGAUGCUUUAAAUGUAUUUUGAAGUGAACAAUUCCUUUUAAUCUCAUUUUUAAUUGUCCUUCAAAGAGGACCUGCCUUAUAUAUGCUUUAAAAAUACUCCUUAAUUUUAGUACAGCAAAAUUGUUGGCAUGUUUCAAAGGAGUUUGGUUUAGAUAUGAAUGUAUUUCACUUGUUUCUGUUUUGCUGAAAGGGCCUAAUGCAGAUGGUAUCAAGAAACUCACUAUUUGUGCAAUAUUCCAAUAAUAACGUUUACUAUGUACGGCAGGUAAAAUACUUGAAAUAAUUCUAAAACAAUUGUACCUGGGGCAGAUGGCCUCUCAGGAUUUCUUCUGGCUUUAUGACUUCAUGGUCUAAAAGAGUUUAUGUUUUUGUUUUUUAAGAAGUUACAUCAGAUGCAGGUACUCCAUAUUAGUUAGAGCUGUACUUUGAAAAUGCAAAUGAUUUUGAGUUUUUAACAUACUAUUUAAGUCUGUGAAAGAAAAAUGCCAGAAUAAAGCCAAAGACCAUCACCCCCAAUGAUGGAGAAACUGACCUGCCCAUUCUUUGCAAAGCCUAUCAUACUAAGGUUUGCAGCUUUUAAAAUCAUUUUAUCAAUAUACUUCUUUAGAGAAUGCUAGGUCCUUCUUUAAGAAUAAAAUUGCACAAGCACAGGACACCAUGAUUUGUUAAUAUGUAUCUUGGUGUGUUCAGCUUUAAGCUUUGCUAUCCCUUAGAACACUGAUGUGGGGUAAACGGAUUCGCCAGGCCCACACAGUAGCUCACCCAGAGACCUGCUGAACCUUGGCAUGUAUGACAGUUCACACAGGUUAAUACUGAAUGUAAACUAAAAGUUAGAAUGAGAACUGCUGUAGUCAAUUUUUUUGGCUGUAAUUUAUGCAAUUGCUUUUUGUGAUUUUUAGAAAAGCGGGCACCUGUGUUACUUUAUUACUGUAAAUUUUUUUUAACCAAAAUUUGGUGAAUUUCACUAGUCAGUCUACCUCACAUUUUGUUUAUGAUUCUAAAUUGUCUAAAGUUGUGUCUACUGUACGUUCUUGUAUUUUCAUUUAAUCUGGUGAAUGUAUUAAAAUUCUCUCCCACCCCCUCCAACAUGUUUUUUUAUUCUUUAAACUAAUGUUCCGUUAACAAAAUAUAACAAAAACAAAAAACAAUAAGC